GCUUAGUAAGUAAUCCAACUUGAAAUCAGACAUGAAUAUCUUCGAAUCUUUCCCGGAAGUCGAAGACGCUACUCUUGGUUCGAAAUUCUUGCAUGCUUAUUUGAACAAAGCUCCUAAGGGACUAUUCGAACCCUCCGUGGAACUAUGCGCGGCAGGUCUGACGGUAGAUCCUGCUCUUCAUAGCACACUCAGGUCUGCCCAUCGAACACGCGAUCUGGAUGCGCUCGAGCGUCUCCGCACUCAUCUGGAGUGGAACUCCUGGCGGUAUCAUCCUCAAUUCUCCGAGAUGAACGAAGUGAUACUCGCCACAGAGUCUGCUGGGAAGAUAGAAGAGAUGGCCGUCAAAGAGUUAGAACGGCCCAUUUGGAUGCCUCGGAAGCCGAAUACCAACUCUCAGGUGGCUGAAUUCAUUCGAAAUCUUCGAAUACCCUUAGGGAGCUACAAGGAUGUCCCUCUUGUGAUUCUUGUUAAGCUUGGUAGCUUUCAGCAUGACCAAUUACUCAAAAAGAGAUUGGAUAGUAUUUUCUCUCCUUUAAACCAUACUUUUCUGGUCAAUACCUCGGGCACCGGGAAAACCAGACUUCUCUUUGAAGGCCUUUGUCUUCAUUGGGGCUUUUAUAUCACAUGUACCCUUGACAGCUCGCUGCUGGGAGCAGGGGACUUUCCGCAUAUUGUCAACAAUGUCAAUCGCAACUCCAGAUGGAACCCCGUUUUGCCCCCCAUUUCCGACCCUGAACAUGCUUCUGCUCUUCAAGGCAACGUACAUCUCGUUUACCGCGCCUGCAGUGAGGCCCUAUUGGCCAGGCUGCUCGUCUUCAAAAUGUACUUGAAAGCAUGUUCAAAAGUGGGUUUUUCACAUGAUCAACGAAGACGUUGGUUAGAGUCUCAAAUUUUUCCAUUCGACCUCACUUCUGAUUUCGAUCCUUUCGGCAAGAUAAGAUAUUCAAUUCACUGUCUCUGUCUCUCUGAUUCAAUCCUCGAUGAAGCCAUCUCUUGUACUCUGAAAGACAUCCAAAGCAUCUGGGACCUGCCACCUGGGGAAUAUAUCUAUAUCACUCUGGACGAGGCGAAUGCGGCUUCAAAAAAGCAUCGGAGGGCCUUUUCAGAUGAGUAUGGCCGUUAUCCCAUUCUCAAGGAAAUGCUGCGUGCUUUGCGGCGCCGUAUGGGCCAUCUUCCUGUGAAAUUCGUCGUCGCCGGUACCAUGAUUCCACCCGAACAUUUCCAGUCUGCUACGGGAGAGUGGGAUGACUUUCGCUGGUGUUCGGAUACUGGGUCUUUUGACGAUCCAGAGGAACACCGGCGGUAUGUUUCCCAAUUUCUACCUUCAGAGUUUGUAAGUUCAAUGACGGGACAAGCUCUUUUGGAUCGCUCAUGGCGGUGGCUGCGUGGAAGGCAUCGCUAUACUGCAUCUUAUAUCACAGUGCUACUGGACAGUAGUUUCGAAAGUCCUCACACACUACUGGGAAACUACAUUGAGAAGAUCUCCAACUACAUCCCUCACGACAAUUCUGAAUACACACAUGGAGAAGUGGUUCGUUUCAAUCGAUGGUAUACCUCGAUUGGUGACAGCGGGUUAAAGGAAGGAUGGAUCAGCACUAUCGAGAUGCACCGAGCAAUCAUCAGCUUUCUGGUCACUUCGAAAGGAUGCAUUGACUGUUCAACCAAGGAGAGAGCUCUUGUCAGUGAAGACUACGGUUACUUCAUCGACUCAGAUUGCUCUAGAAUAGUCUUGGAUGAGCCCUUAACGAUAAUGUACGGUGCGGGUUGGUUCAAGCAGACUAAAAUGGUUUACACAAUUACGACCUUCGAUACCUUUCGUUUUCAACAUGGUAUAGAUAUACGUGCUUCUCAUUUUGCUUUUUUCCUUGCCUUGUCAUUUGCAUCAAUGUUUGAUGGUUUAUCGGAGGUCUCAGACGCAUUCACAAUAUCUGGAAUAUCUAUGCCUUUUCCAAAGGCGAAACUCGUCACGUUCACUAAUAUUGGACCUCGACUAGAAGCAAGGGAUGCACACUUCACAGAUCAUACGCCCGACCGACUCGUAUUGUUGGCAACCACAAUGGAAGAUGCGCUGUGUUGGUUCAAACAUGAGCGUGAUGAACCAUUUUGUGUUCUGCAGGAUUCCUCGAGCACAAGCGUUACAUUGGUCUUUUGUCUUCAAUUCUCUGAUGCGCGGACCGCUUGGGUCUCCGUUCGUGUACCUUCGACUUUUCAGAACGCCGAAGAUCAGGACUUUGCUCGCGACAUACAAGAUCUUCACCCAAGCGCGAUCUUCCGUGAUCAGUUCGAUAUGGUUUCGCUCCUCGACCAAAUACCGGAUAUCUGUCUCGAUGUAGGGCCAUCUGGGAUGUUGCGUAUUUCUGGAUCGUUCUGGGUUGAAAAAGCCAAUGAAGAGAGCAUUCCACAUGAACUCUACCCCGCUGGUAUUUUGAACGUAGAAGCAUUGAACGAGGCUGCAAAAAACAUUUCUCAAGACAUGCUCUUGCGCCGUCUAUCUCGUAUUUUCUCUCAAGGGAAUGACGCAAAGGUCGCGCCUCCGGUGUCGUCUGUUGAAGCUCCACAAAAGCAAACUCAAAAACGAAGUAGAUCCGCGACGAUUGGCGAGGACACUGAUCCAGCGACUUCCAAGACAUCCCAACCCAAAACCAAAAAACACGCAAAAAGCGAUCUUGUUCCUGCUUCAGGAUCUAGUAGAGCCCGUAAAAAUGCGGAUAGACAUCCGCGAUCCCAUCGCAGAAAAAGCAAAAUUAGCGACGUUGCUACGGGACGUGCUUCAGCUGGUGUUCCUCGCUCCGAUCGAGUUGGACCUACUGCCACAUCCUCUUCAUACAAUUUGCGCAAGCGGUGAGCUGUGUUUCGAAGCGUUGUAUCGUCGCUGAUGCUGUGUAACAUUUCAUGCAAUUUAUGAGACAUUCUUUACAUGCACAUCGAUGAUACUUAUGUGAUGAUUUUUCCGUCUCUUUCGCGCUCCAAAUUCCUGAACUUUGCUCUGAACCCAGACUCUAUGGUAGAUAGAUAGAUUAUGUAAAAGUAAAAAUUGCAGGGGGAUAAUGAUACAAAAUGAGGCUCAAAUACGCUAUUUCGGACAAAGUUUAGGUGUAGAUUCUGGGAGCCUGU